GUGGGCACCGAGUCACCAGGCACGACAGUGGGCUCCGAGUCAACUGGCAUGACGGCGGGCACUGGGUCAGACAUUGGAUCGUCUGGCCCGACAGCGGGCAUCGGGUCACCAGGCAUGACAGCGGGCACUGGGACAUCAGGCAUGGGAUUGUCUGGCUCGACAGCGGGCAUCGGGUCACCAGGUAUGACAGCGGGCACUGGGUCACCAGGCAUCAGGUCAUUUGGCUCGCCAGCGGGCACCGCGUCAUCUGGCAAGGCAGUGGGCACCGAGUCACCAGGCACGACAGUGGGCUCCGAGUCAACUGGCAUUGGAUCGUCUGGCCCGACAGCGGGCAUCGGGUCACCAGGCAUGACAGCGGGCACUGGGUCAUCAGGCAUUGGAUCGUCUGGCUCGACAGCGGGCCUCGAGUCAACUGGCCUAAUGGAAUCAUCAGGCUGGAUCAGUUCAUCAGGCUGGGUAGAAACAUCAUGAUGGGUAGAGGCAUCAAGCUGAAUGGAGGCAUCAGGCUGAAUGGAGGCAUCAGGCUGGGUAGGGGCAUCAGGCUGGGUAGAGGCAUCAGGCUGGGUAGAGGCAUCAGGCUGAAUUGUGGGCGCCGAGGCACCAGGCUGCACCACGGAAGGCAGGUUCUUAGAUGGGAGGCUGACCGGUUUGGAUACUGGCAGGAUGUUACCGGAGCACCAGGGCUUCUUUACAGGGUUAAAGGCAGGAUAGGUACAGAGAGUGGGAACAGGGUACUGACAUGCGGAAGAUAGCAGGGUAUAC